AUGACUGAUAUAACUGAAUUCGAAAAUAACUUCGAUGACCUCUUGCACAAACCAGCAAGUAAUAAUAUAUCUGAAACCUUGAGCAAUGUAGACUUGUCUAAUCCAUUUCGUGACGCUGUAUCAUUUUUGACUGCACCAAUAAGCCCUUUAUCUGAUGAUAGCGAUAAGGUCACAACUGAUUUAUAUAUAGAACCUACUCAUAAUGAUCUAUUGAACGAUAGCUUGAACUCUGAUUCUGAAGUACAAAGUAUAGAAAUCAAAUUUGAUGAGGAAAGGGAUUUCGAAGAAGAAGCAUCUUCCUUUAAAGGGAUAGAUGCUGUCUCGUCAGUUUCGUCAGAAGGUCACGUUCAUGAAAAAAUUAGCAACAGUGACGAGUCUAUUGAUGAAGAAAGCAUUAUUAUAAGAGAAUCACAUGUGCAAUCAAAAAUAGCAAGCUUCAAGUCUAUUCCGAUAUUUGAAAUUGCAGUUGAAGAUCCGCAAAAAAUUGGUGAUCCCAUCAAUGCGCAUAUUAUAUAUAAAGUCAGAACUAAGACUACAUCUACAGCAUUUAAAGAUAAAGAAUUUACAGUUUUAAGGCGAUAUCGUGAUUUUCUAUGGUUAUAUAAUCAAAUGACGCUCAAUAAUCCAGGGAUCAUAGUUCCUCCUGUACCAGGGAAACAUGUCAUUGGCCGAUUUCAGGAUGAAUUCGUAGAAAACCGUCGCCAAGCACUCGAAAAGUGUUUGAAUAAAAUCACGUCUCACCCGAUGUUAUGCAACGAUCCAAAUUUAAAAUUGUUUUUAGAGUCGGAUACCUUUACGAUCGAUGUCAAACGUAAAAGUCAAGAUGAAUCAAAAAGUGUAUUGAAAUCAUUAGGUGAAGCAGUGUCAAACGCCACCACGUUCAGCAAAUUUAUAGAAACAGAUGAAUGGGUUGAAAAUCGAAAAAAUGAGUUGGACAUUUUAGAUUCACAAUUAAGGGCAUUGCUUAAAUCAGUUGAAGCCAUUGUCAAACAGCGCAAAGAUUUGGGAAGUACGAUCGUGGAUUUUGGGGAUAGUAUUUUGUCUUUAGCAAACACCGAAAUUAAUAAGCCAUUAGCAAAUAAUCUGAAGAUAUUAGGAGACUUGCAACAGAAAAUUAAGGAAUUACAUGAAAAGCAGGCACAACAGGAUGUUAUUAAUUUGGGAAACACGAUAGACGAAUACAUUCGUUUGGUUGGAUCGAUUAAGAUCUAUCAGACAUGGCAGAAUGCUAUAUACGAUUUACAAAAGAAAAAGACGAACUAUGAAAGGUCUAAAGUUCAAGGAAGGAUGAGCCAGGAUAAAUUAUCGAUUAUGUUGGCGCAAAUUGCUGAGUCUGAACAUCGCGUGGAAGAUUGUAAGCACGAAUUUGAAGAUGUUUCUAAGCUUAUUAAGGCUGAAUUGGAUCGGUUUGAUAAGGAGAAGGUAGAAGAUUUUAAGAAUAGCGUUGAAGCCUUUUUAGAAUCAAUGGUGCAGACACAAAAAGAGAUUAUUAAUUUAUGGGAGUCUUACUCCGUGCAAGUAGAAUUGCUACAAAAUACAAAUUCAGAAGAUUACUCGGUCAUGGCAUCAUGA